AUGGCUGCAACAGAAUCAUCGCUGGCCUAUCACGAGCCAUCCAUCACGACAAUCGCCAUCCUCUCCGUUUUCCUUCUACUACUCAAUACCAUAAACUACACUCUCGACAAGAUAGUGUACUGCGGCUUGAUCGGCCAAGUAUUCCUCGGCAUCGCCUGGGGAACCCCCGGGGCAAAAUGGCUCUCCAAAGAGAUGGAGCACUCGGUAGUGCAGCUAGGAUAUCUCGGCCUGAUCCUGAUCGUCUAUGAAGGAGGUCUCUCCACAUCUUUCAAAUCCCUCAAAGCCAACUUGCUACUCUCAAUCGGCGUCGCCGUCACCGGCAUCGCUGUCCCAAUGGGCCUCUCCUUCACCCUGAGCUCCCUCAUCGGCGCCUCACUACUACAGGCCUUCGCCGCCGGAGCAGCGCUCUGCUCGACUAGCCUAGGAACUACAUUCACUGUCCUAGGCACGAGCGGUCUCACAACAACCCGCAUGGGCGUUGUCUUGACCAGCGCCGCCAUGAUGGACGACGUCGUAGGCCUCAUCAUGGUCCAGGUCGUGUCGAACCUCGGGGGUGGCGGCAGCGGCGAUACUUUUAAUGCCGUGACUGUGGUCCGGCCGAUUCUCGUCUCUCUGGGUUUCGCGAUCGUCGUACCGGCGGCGUGUAAGCUCGUCGUGGAGCCGAUUACGCUACGUCUGAAUGCGCGACGGGAGAAGAAUCCUGGGUCGAAACUCGAUCAGCUUCUUCGCUUACGACAGACGGCUCUCGUCGUUCAUACGUGUUGGCUGUUUGGGCUCAUCGUAGGAGGGGCCUUUGCCGGGACUUCGACCUUGCUUGCGGCAUAUAUUGCGGGUGCUACCAUCAAUUGGUGGGACAGCGAAGUGCCUCAUCUUCCAUCCCGCAACAAGGGCAAGCAGAAGGCGAUCAGAGGUGAAUGCGCAGCUGCUCCGUCCGACCAGAAAGGUGUCGACGCGGAUACUUCAAGACAUCCGAAUUCCGAAAGCUCAGCUGCGGCCGUUCCGAGCUCUAACAGUGUUGAAACCAAUGUCUACAACUCUGGCAUUGAGAUCUACGAACAUCACUACAGCAAGGCUGUUGAGCGCGUCCUGAAACCGUUCUUCUUCGCCUCCAUCGGGUUCUCUGUACCAAUAACGAGAAUGUUCUCCGGCCCUAUUGCUUGGCGUGGACUCGUCUAUACCAUCUUAAUGAUGGCUGGCAAGCUGAUCUGCGGCGUCUGGCUGUUGUCUUUCGCCAGUCCGCUCCAGGCCGUGCAGCGGAUCGCCAAGAAGGUCUCUGGUGCGGGGAGAAAGCAGUCGAAGAAGUUAGCUCCCGGUACGCAAUGUGCGGGGACUGAAUCAGAUGCGGCGGCGAACAAAGAAGAGGAUCGGCCGCAACGGCAGCCGCAGCAGGAGCAAGAGCGGCAACACAGUCUGCAUGAAGUCCACACGGAAGACAUGCGUCUCAAUCAGAUCGAGCCGCGACAAGCCGGGAAUACUCCAAAGAAUGCUUCUCCGAAGCCGGAGAUGCCCGUAUCCGUUUACCCGGCAUGCAUCCUCGCCUUCGCAAUGGUCGCCCGUGGUGAGAUUGGCUACUUGAUAUCUGCAUUGGCCGAAAGUACAGGCAUCUUCAGCGGCGGAUCAGACGCACCCGAUCAGCCUUCGGAGAUGUUCUUGAUCGUGACGUGGGCGAUUACUCUCUGCACCAUCAUAGGACCAAUUUGCGUCGGUCUGCUGGUGAACCGGGUAAAGCGGCUUGAGUCACUCAGUGAGAAAGGGCCGACCGGAGGAAGACAGAAUGUUCUCGGCGCAUGGGGUGUCGAAUAG